GGGUGAAUUUUGCAAUUGGCGGGUAACACCGUCAAUCUACCGGCCACAUUGGCGGGUAGCCAAUGCGAAUUGAGUAAUUCAGUUGUUUGGGUUUUUUUUUUUACAUUUCAACGAAGUCCGCCAUUUCGCUGGAUUAUAGUUUAAAAUGUGGCGGCACAUUACUGGGGUAAAGAGACCAGCGGAAACCAAUAACCAACAAAAUGACGAGGAAUUGUCAAGGAAAAGUAAAAAAAGACGUUUUAAUACAAAGUGGACAAUUGGCGACAACGGCAAGGUUCGUGAGUGGCUGAUUUAUGACAGCAGUACAGAACAAAUGUACUGCAGUGACUGUCGUGUGUAUGGCUCAGAGAAAGCGAAGUCAAAUCCUUUUGUAAUCGGGACUAAAAACUUAAAAUUAGAAGCAAUUAAGGACCACGAGUCAUCAAAAAGCCACCUACACACGAUAAGUUGUAAACUUUCAAAAAACGCGCUUCCGGAGGAGACCGCUGCGGUUAAGGCACUGACGUCCAUGAAAACAGCGCAGUUUGAGAGGAUGCGACUGCUGUUUCGCAACGUCCAUGCGAUUGGAAAGAAGAUGAGGCCAUUCUCUGACUACGUUUGGAUGUGCGAGUAAGUAUUAAACUGUUGUUGAGAUGGGAUGAGUAUGCAAUAAUGACAUAUGCUACAGUAUAAUCGCAGUUGCACAGAUGUGUAGUGCUGCUGUGACGGAUCAGAACUCUUGAUAUGAUGUGUAAACUUUUGAGAGAGUUGCGCUACUGUGUCUUAUACUGUAGUAUAUUAACAUACAUUUUGUGAAUCGAGUAAUGAAAAACAACGUAUGUGGGGCAACUGUUUAUGUGCGCAGUUUGUGCCCCCUCCGUCUCUGUGUGCGCGCGGGUUUAAGGGCCCUUAAUAGGGCACAUCGGAGAUGCGCGUUCCCAAAAGCAAGUGUACAUAAAUUCUUUCUGUUCUUGACAGUCCACAGGCACGUAUAAACAAAAUGAUCUUCACAGUAUUCUUUUUCUAAUAAAACAUUAUUUUUAUGUCUUAAGUGUAUGUAUAGAGUCAAAAACAUUCUGUGCUUAUUUGGUCUUAAAGUUAUUUGGUCUUAAAGAGACAGUAACCUCUAUCAACAUACUUAAGUCUGUGUCAUUAAUGUUAAUCAACCAACCCAAGACAAAGAGAAAAUCACUUCUGUAGCUCUCAAAAAUAAUAAUUAUAUUUAAUUCAUACAAUAAAGACAGCGUUAUUAUUCAUUUGAUUCGAUUUCCAUACCUAAUGCUAAUUUCAGACCUUACUUAAUGUGCAACUUUGUUCUUUUUUAUAAAUGUUUGUAACUUCUUUAUUUGUUAUUAGAUUUUUCACACACUUUUUUUGCUGUUAUCAUCAUGCUAACUGUGAAAUGUCAUUGUGUCUGUAGGGUGGAUGAAAAGAAAGGGUUAGCUGUAGGGAAGACAUACAGAAAUGCAAACCAGGCCCAAGUCUUCAUGCACUAUAUAGCAGAGAUUUAAAGGAGGAAGGUAAAGGAGGAGAUUUCUGCUACCAAGUUCAUCUCUAUAAUGGUAGAUGGAUCAACAGACAACAGUGUAAUGGAAGAAGAGUUGGUCUACACUAGAAUGAGCAGAGCAGAAAAAGUCAAGGUGCAGUUUGUGGGCAUCCAGGCAUUGAAGAAGGCAGAUGCAGCACAUAUAACAGAUGCAAUAUGCUCUCAGAUGUCUGCAAUCAGUGGCGGUGAGGAAUGGAAGGGAAAGCUAGUUGCUUGUGGGACGGAUGGAGCGGCCGUUAUGACAGGAUCCAAGACAGGAGUUGUCAGCAGGCUUCGUGGGGAAAGGACGUACAUUUUAGGAGUCCACUGUAUGGCACAUCGCCUUGAGUUGGCUUUUAAAGAUGUAAUGAAGACCAACAAUCUGUGUAGGAAAGUUGAGGACCUCUUAACUGGCCUGUUCACCUUCUAUCACAGGAGCCCACUGAACAGAGCCAAAUUAAAUGACAGUUUCUCCGUGCUAGGUAUAAAACCCCUGAUGCCCACCAGAAUAGGAGGUACAAGGUGGGUCUCUCACCUAUUGAGGGCCUUGGACCAUUUCCUUAGGGGGUUUAAGGGGAUUGUACAGCACCUUGAGCAGAUGCAAUCACCAGACGAUGAAGGGGUAAAUGCUGCUCAACAGAGCAAGGCACGAGGGUUCUACAAGUUGAUGACUGAUGGAGAUGUACUUAAGUUCAGCAGCUUCCUGCAUGAUACGUUGACACAUCUCAGCAACCUGUCCUUGAAAUUGCAGCAGUCAUGUUUAACAGUAGCUGAUGUCCACAGUUGCCUGACCUCCACCCAGGCUGUGAUCCUCAAAUAUAAAUACAGACCUGGACCAAUGCUGAGGAAGGUGUUGGAUUCCAACACCUACCAGGGUGUUAACCUGAGACCUAGUGAGACCAGCCACAUGAUGGCUAACAAAGACAAGCUUCUGGACAAGCUGUCCGACAGCAUGGACAACAGAUUUGGGGAUGUGGGGUCUGGAAUCCUGAGCGAUUCAAAGAUAGUGAGCUUUCAAAAAUGGCCUGAUCCAGAAAACAGUGCAGACUUUGGUGAUUUAGAAGUGGACAGGCUCACAAGUCACUUCAAGCCAAUAUUGAUCUCUUCUGGAGUUGAUGUCGAUCUGAUUGCAGACCAGUGGACCAUCAUCAAGUCCUGCCUUUACAAGGAGCCACAGGCACUGGAGAAGAUCACCUGGACUGAAGUUAACAGGAUGCUGAGGGAGACAUGCCCUGACUUCCUGGACCUUGUGGAUCUGGUGUUAUGCAUGCCAGCAUCAACAGCAGACUGUGAGCGUGGGUUUAAUGUAAUGAAGAUGGUAAAGUCUGAUUGGCGGUCCAGUCUCAAGUGUGAGACACUGUCUGACCUGCUCUUUGUCCAUCUGUCCUCCCCCUCAAUCAAAGACUUUGACCCUAGCCCAGCAGUUGAGAUGUGGCAUGCAAGCAGCAUACGGUCAAGGAGACCAGAUCUCAUGGAAGAUGCAGCAGAGGAGGAGGAAGAGGAUUGCAUGUGUUCUUUAUUUGUGGACUCUGAUUAGGAGCAGUUAGUAUACUGUCUGUGACACUGGAAAUCAAUUAAUAAAUAUAUGUAUAUAUUUUUUUAGUUAUAACUUGUAUUAAUUUAGUUAAUAACUUGACAGCACUUAAAUAUGUAUUCUUACAAAAUAAAGAACAAUGUUUGUGCAAUUCAUAUUUUUCAUCUUUACAAGGCAAAAAAAAAACUGGCUGGUAAAAAGUCACUGUGGCAGGUGGAUUUCUAAAUCCACCUGCCACAGUGGCUGG